GCCGCCCGGAGCUCAUCUCCAAACCAGCGGAUCGCACCUCUCACCUCCCGUGGCCUGCGCUGUGACCUGUGGAGUGGACGCGGGGAUCGGUCCUGGCCGGACAUAUGUCGGAUUGUUGGAUUGUCUCUUUGAUUUUUUCGCUUUUUGGUGCGUGAAACUUGGCCAAGUAGGUCAGUGAGGGUCCGGAGCGCGGCCAGCAUUGCCGUUAAACCGUGUUGGGAAACUCGCUUUGACUGUGCUUGAAGGAGGAGGUGGAGGAAGCUGCUGGAGGCUGGCAGAUCCAAUGCGUCCGGAGCGGCCGUGUAAGCAGCAGGAACACCGGAGAAAGACCGACCGAGGGAGGGAGGGACGAGCGGAGCUCAGCGGGGUCUCACCGGCUGCUGGACUUUCAUGCCUCCGAGGUUUCUGCUUCCUGUGACACUAUCACACCAUGCCUGAGGGGUCACGGCGUGGCAGCCAGAGAUCGCCCAGUAACACAGCUGCCAAACGUCCCUCCUCAGUCUCAUCUCUGAGUGGGAUUGUGGGUAGGAUGAUGUCAUCCGGAGAGCGAGGAGCGUCGUCCUCCUGCACCUCCGUCAACACCGUCUGCUCGGACGGAGAGCGUCCCGCCUCCCUCUCCCUCUCCUCCUCUGCCUCGUCAGUCUCCCUGCAGGACUCCUCCCACUCCUCCUCCUCCUCUUCCUCCUCCUCACUUCCUUACGGCGCAGUGCCGACAUACAAUGCCUCAUCGUCGUCCUCCACGCCAAAAAGAAACGGCUCAGACAUCAGUCUGGACCUUACUCCCCUCACACCUCAUGGAGGCGGAGGAGCAUCUGGAGUAGGAGGGGCAUGUGUUGCCAAGGUGACAGGAGGAGGCGGUCACCCCAGUAAUGUUGCUAGUCCGGUGGGGGUAGCAGUGGCGGCGGUGGUGGCCACUCCCAGACAACUUUCACGGCUGGACCGAGUGGUCCUGGAGAUCGUGGAGACGGAGCAAGCCUACGUGAGAGAUCUGAAGAGCAUCGUGGAGGACUACCUCGGCUGCAUCAUCGACUGCGGCGCCCUGCCGCUGAAACCCGAGCAGGUCAGCACGCUGUUCUGCAACAUCGAGGACAUCUACGAGUUCAACAGUGAUCUGCUGGAGGAUUUAGAGAGAAGCCCUCACGCUGCAGCCAUCGCAGAGUGCUUCGUAGAAAGGAGUGAAGCCUUCGACAUCUACACACUCUACUGCAUGAACUACCCCAACUCGGUGGCCGUGCUGAGGGAGUGCAUGAAGAACGAAAGUCUGGUUCGUUUCUUCCAGGAGAGGCAGGCGACCCUGAGCCACUCCUUACCGCUGGAGACGUACCUGCUCAAACCAGUGCAGAGGAUCCUCAAAUACCACCUGCUGCUACAGGAACUUUCUAAGCACUUUGAUAAGAGCGAGCCCGGAUAUGAGGUCGUGGAGGAUGCCAUCGUUACCAUGACAGCAGUCGCCUGGUACAUCAACGACAUGAAGAGGAAACAGGAGCACGCUGUGCGGCUGCAGGAAAUCGAGUCCCUGCUGGUGAACUGGACUGGGCCGGACCUCGGCGGGUUCGGCGAGCUGGUUCUUGAAGGUUCCUUUAAAGUCCACAGGGUGAAGAAGGAGAGAGCGUUCUUCCUGUUCGAUAAAAUGCUGCUGAUCGCCAAGAAGAGGAUGGAGCAGUUUGUCUACAGCACACAUAUUUUUUGCUGUAAUCUCCUGCUGGUGGAGAAUCUGAAGGACCCGCUGUGCUUCCGAGUGUCCGACCAGACCAUUCCCAAACAGCAGCAUGUAGUCCAGACAAAGAAUCAGGAGGAGAAGCGACUGUGGGUGCACUACCUCAAGAGGCUGAUCGUCGAAAACCAUCCCGCAUCACUCCCACACAAGGCGAGGCAGGUCCUGGGAGACAACUUCUGUCAGUCUCCUCAGUUCGAGCAGGACCACCUGAAGAAGUCAUCUGCGUCUCCCCGGCUGGACGACAUCCACGCCUAUCACCGAGGCAGGCGUCAGUCAGGUCAGGAGCCUCCAGAGCUGCUGAUGUACACGCCGGAGAAGUCCAGGAAGAACCUGCCUCUGCUGCUGGAGGGAAACCUGCCGUACCGACGCACCAGGAGGCAGUCAGCUCCUGCCAAAGACAUCGAAGCAGUGUUUCAUUCCAACGGUGAGACGAGACUCUUAUUCAGAUGAUGAGGCCCGAACCCAAACAUCACCCUGAG